CGCGACCAUUUUGAAGACACAAUGGUGAAGCGAAAAGGCGGCGCGAGCAGGGACUUGCGUAUGGCGAAGAGGCCAAAGCAGCAACACCAGCAUCGCCGUUUGAAUCGACAACAGCACCCUCAGACCCAGCUCUAUGCUCUUCAAGAUUUGAUCCUUGUGCUGGGAGAUGGAGACUUCACGUUCUCGCGAGGGUUAGUGACCCAUCGCGGUGGUGGUGCCAAUCUGUACGCCACGUCCUUUGACACAGCAGCUCAAGUUCGAAAGAAGUACUCGAACGCGAACGAAUGCAUUGCCACGUUGGGGCGAACUGGUGCACAAGUAUUCCACGGCAUUGACGCCACCAAGUUGCAUACGUUGCCGGCAUCCAUUCCACAAUUGUUCGACUUUAUCAUCUUCAACUUCCCGCACAGUGGCCACCAACGCGUGCACAUCAACCGCGUGUUGCUGCUCGACUUUUUCGAAAGCGCACGAGGCAAGCUCGCGUUGAAAGGCGAAGUCCACAUCACGCUGAAGACAAAGCCGCCUUAUUCCAACUGGAACGUCGAAGACCAAGCAAAGGCGAACGGUUUUGUCCUGAAAGAACGCCGACCUUUCCGUAUUGACAUCUUCCCUGGCUACCACCACCGGACGACGGACCCAACAGCCAAGACUUUUGAGCCCGCCCAGUGCAUCACGUACGUCUACGUCGUCGAUCGAUCCCGGUUCCCUGUACUCAAGCCGUCAUCCCAAGCAGAACCACUCAUUCUGUCCCCUUCAACCAUCCAAGAUGACGACCAGAUUUCGCUCGCUGCGCCUGCAAAAAAGGUUCCUGUCGCCGCAAAUCCUUCGGCUCAACAAGCGUUCAGAGAUGCCUUGAUGGCCGUUCCAUUGUUGCCGCCCCCCGUCAAACGCCCCAAGGAUCUUCAUAUAUCCUCUCCUUCGGCAAAGAAUGCUUCAACUACAGCACUUGGCCAAAAGGAGCUCGGUUCGGCGGCGGACCACGCGCCAAAAAUGACGCCGCCUCAGCAGCAGGGCCAACGCGGUCCAUCGCGAUUCAACGGCUCAACUUUUCAGCAGCAGAAGAAGUCACGUCCUGCAUCUCGAUCGAUUGCAACGCCGUCAGUUCCACCAGCAGUGGCGGCCGACAUUCGUCAACUGUGUGUCGCCAUGCUGCUCAAAGUUCGCGAGCGACACUCGACACCAUAGUUCGACAACAAAGAUGUAAACCAUGAAUGGCAUUCCCAUCACGACAUC